GGCUGAUAGAAGAGGAUUCUGGGAACGCGGAGAACUUGGUGAAAGAGCCUGUGGAGGACGGGUAUGGUGUGAUGGUGGUAGCGGCGGUGAGCUGAUGGCCCGCAAUGAAGAAAAGCAGCUGGGGAAUCUGAACCGACUGUGGCUGCAGAGGGAGAAGGAGGAAGGCCGUCUGAGAGAGAUACAUCAAAACCGACCCAAACUGUCCUCCUUGACUUCAGCUGUUGAAGUGAAGAAAUGGAUUCCAAGCAUCAAGACUGAGAUUGAGUAUUAUCUUCAGCAAUCACAGUUAUCCCAUUACUCAGAAAGGAAGAUAAAGGAAUUCCAGGAUCAUAUUGAAGAACUUCAGAAGGAGUAUCAACAUUACUUGUGGAAGCUGCGUCAGUUAGACCCUUCCCACAAGGAUCACCCUUGGAAACCCCGUGCUUACACCCGGAAAAGACCACCUAACUCUACAACACAGACCAUCAGCCAACUGGCUACAUUGCACAGUUUGAAACGACUAUGCAUGCCACCUUCAAACAAAACUGAAGAUGAAACUCAUGAGCAUGACUCUGAUGGGAAAUCUGCUGAAGUAAGGGAAAGGAGCUGCCUAAGCCUACAGAUACCAGAUGGUGUCAUCUAUGACUGUUCAAUGGUUAAUUCCAAGUUUCAAGACCAGCCCCUUACUUUUAAUCCAGCUAGAGUUCCGUCAAGAUUUUCUAUGCACUUUACUCCAAAAAAUACAUCAGGAGAAGGCUCACACCAUAUGACCAAAAUUCUUUUGUCUCAGCUACCAAACUUACAAACUUCAUCUUCCUGUGGAACCAAAACAGAGUUGAACAGAGAGGAAGAAGAAAUAUGUGCCUUUAAGGUGAAUGAAGAUUCUCAGGAGUCUAUUUUGCAGAAUAAAAGUUGUGGAAUGCUAGGAUUGUCUUGCUAUUCUUCAGAUGAAGAUACAUAAGUGACAAGUAGCAACUGAUUCAUAUUCAUAACUAUUUACCAUUUUGUCUUAAGUACUGUAUUUGCUAAAUGUAUAUAGAUGCUAUAUUUUCAAAAUGUAAGUGUUCCUAUAUAGCUUUGUGCUAUUUGUAUAGAGCUUUGUAUGGUUGUUGAAUUUAACUUUCAUACUGAGCAAGUACAGUACCAAGCGUACUCCAACACUGACUCUUCCAACUCUCAUAGUUGGCAUGAAUUUAAAUCAUUCAGAAAUAAAAAUGGUCUUUAUUUCAAAUACUUAUCAGAUAUAAAAACAAAAAAACUGCGGAUGCUGGAAAUCCAAAACAAAAACAGAAUUACCUGGAAAAACUCAGCAGGUCUGGCAGCAUCGGCGGAGAAGAUAAGAGUUGACGUUUCGAGUCCUCAUGACCCUUCGACAGAACUUGAGUUCGAGUCCUCAAUAUAGUUUACUUUCUGUCAUCAGUGUGUAAUGCAUGUAUGAAAGCCAUUGGUAUAUAGUUCCACUGGUAAAGCACUGUUUGAUACAUGUUUUUACACUCUCCCUGCAACUGAACUGCUUGUACCCAUGCUGAUACAACAACCUUGAAGCCUAAGAAAUAGCUUUCGUUAUUGUACGUUGCUCAUUUGGAUCAGUUCACACCUUGCUUGAAUGGCAAGGAGUUGAGAUAGAUUAUAUUGAAUCUAUUUGAUAAUGAAAGAUUGGAAUUUGGGCAAGUUCCCUCGGUAAUCUGACACCUGAUUCUGGCAGGUUCAUCGUUCUGUUGAUUGGCUAGACAGUUCUGUUGAUUGACUAGUCAGCCUGGCCAACAUUCUGACCUGGAUUUUUCUUUGCAAAACAAAUAAAUAUACAAGUACUGUCUUUCUUUCUCUUCAGAUACUAUGUUUUAUGUGGAUGAUCAUGGCUGUCCAACUUUCAUGGUCUUUGAAAGCAGCCAACAUCUUGGUAGUGUUCUCAAAUCCUCUACCCAUUCUGCUUCUUAAGCUGUUGGUAUAUUUCCUCCUUUGUCUCCCUCUUGCUCUGCUCCCCUCAGUUUUACCAGUCACUACCAGAUACCAUAUUCUAGUUUCUCUUUCCGAAGCACUUGCCCAAGGAAUUGUUGUUGCCUUUUGAUUAUUGUCUGCAAAAGUUCUUGUAUGCCCACUUUCCUCAAAACUUCAUUAGUUUUGUGUGUUGUCCAACUAAUCCUCAUCAUGCGUCUCAGAAACCACAUUGUUGCUUUUAAUUUAUUUUCCAUUGUUUUGUUUAUAUUCCAACUAUUGCAUCCAUAUAAUAAAGUUGACCAGAUGUAGCAUUUUGGUAACCACA